UGAAGAAAUUACAAAAAAUAUUUUGUGGAAAAUUGAUUCGGAUGUUAGUUUUCCGAAGACUGUGGACGCGAUUUUUCGUCGGUAUAUUCUUUCAGUCAGUCAGUUUAAUUCGAUCGGAGAAAAUUGUGAAGCAGACUUUUAGCGUGAUCAGACCAAUUCAAUUACAAAUCGAAAUGGUGCACGUAAAUUCGUUCUUGGGUUGUGCGAAGAUCGAAACUGGAGGCAAAAUUGUCGCAUUCCUGCAAAUAAUAACCUACGCAAUUGUCUUGAUUUUAUUCUUAGCCGCCAUCUGUCUCGCUCCGGUUAGCGAGCAAACCGAAAGAAUGAUACUCAAAGACGACCAAAUUGUGGCAGAAAUCGAAUCGAAACCUUCUGCUACUGUUCUAGUUCUAAUUGCAAUAUUCAUUACGGCCGCUUGUAUUGCAAUUGUGGUGAUCGCCUGUCGAAGUUUUAACGCAAUCAACACACGAAAUCACACCCGUAUGUUUGAGAUGAUGGCGUUGAUGUUUGCGAUUACAUGUUUCUACCUCUACGUCUUUUUCAUACAGCUCUGGUUAUGGCCAUCUCUAUGCUUAGGGGCAUUGAUCGCUGCUGCAUACAAUUUUUACCUGUUCAUCGUUGUGUAUUCCCUCUACAGAGUAUUCCGAAAGGAACACGAACAGGAAGCUAUACGACAACUGCAAUCAAAGACCGAGACAAACGUUUAAAGUGUCCUCUCGUUCAAAUUUUCUAAAAAAGGUGCCGCUGGUAGCUGUAGUUGAGAUUACAAAGUUGUAUUGGUGGUAGAGAAUGGUCUUAAUUGUACAAAUCAAAUACAAAAGCAAUUUGCGUAUUUUUACCGGAAA